UUCUAGAGUGGCAAUUUCCUCUUUCUUUGGCAAGUUUUUCUGCGGAGAAGCGAGGGCUCUGCUGGCAUUUUGGUGAAAUUGCUUUCUUUUUUUUUUCACGAAUGUUGUUCUUCUCAUGUUAUCUGAAGUAGGAACAGUAGGAGACAGGGAAGGGUGAAGAUUGUGGCGCUUGAGUAGUGUGAUUUUAUUUGCGGACAUUGUAGUCGAAAUGCAAUGUAAUUAGUUGAUUGAAUGAAGCCUGGUUGGGCAUCAUGGAUGAGGAUGUGGGUGAUGAAGUAACAGCACUGGAUGCGGCCGAGGGUGGUCACCUCCAAAGCAAGGAAAGUGAGUAUUCACGCAAGACUGAAAGUGGCAGUAUGUUGGAAUCACGGGAAAUGAUUACUCCCGGGGAGGAUGAGUACCAUGAGACCGCACCUCAUGUGUUAGCAUCAAUUCUAGAUGGUAAGAAUGUAAAUAUAAGUUUAAGCUCUUUGGACCCCCUUGAUCGUCCAUCUGUGAGUUCUCACUCAAUGGAUGAUGUCGGUGGCAUGGUUGAGGAGUUAACAGUAAGGAACUACAAUAAUUUGAAUUUGGCUGUAUCGGGCACCUCAAAAAGUAGUGGUAGGAUGGGAACUAGGAUGAACCAAUGGCAGCACAUCUUUCAGACAGCAGGUGGAUCGGCAAAUUCGAGCUCCCAUGGCUAUCCUUUGAACCGGGAUGGUACCAGUAUCUGGGAGGACAUAGGAGGCUCAUCCUUUUCUGAACUAUUGUCUCAAAAAGCAUCAAGAGGUGAUAAAAACGAAACCAUGGAGCAACCACCUCAUUCUGAAAAUAGAGAAACUUUAGGUGGUGUUUUAACUCAUGGAGGUAUUCGGACAAAAAUUCUGUCGAAGUCAGGAUUCUCAGAGUUUUUUGUUAAGAACACUCUGAAGGGAAAGGGAAUCAUAUUCAGAGGCCCACCUACCAAUAAUCUCCGUGUUGAGGCAAUAAGUCAGAAUAAUGUAAAUGUUGCUAGUGGUUCCAACAUGGCUUCUGAUGCAUCACUUAGUUCGAAUCCCUCGAGUGUUGUGCCUUCUACUCAUAGUACCUGUGGGACCAAGAUUGUCUUCAGUUCUGAUCCUGAUGGAGUCAAUCUGAGAGAAUGGCUUAGCGGUGCGCACAGAGAUGUAAAUAAAGUGGAGAGAUUAAAUAUUUUCAGGCAAAUUGUGGAUUUGGUGGAUCACUCUCACUCCAAGGGGAUUGCCUUGCAUGACUUACGGCCGUCUCGUUUUACAUUGCUACCAUCGAAUCGGGUGAAGUAUCUAGGAUCAUCAUUGGGGGGAGAGAUUUCUGGAACCUUUGGAGGCAAACAUUUUCCAAGCAACAGUAACCAGAUCAUUGAGAAAAAGGUACUAGAGCAUGGUUUGGUUCGACCUUAUAGCUCCGCUGCAAAGAAGCAAAAGUUCAAUGCGGGCAUCAAUUAUGUCCAGCAGUGGCCUCAGUUUCAUUCAAGACCUGGUUUAAAAGCUGAGGCUGUGAGCGGCAGUGAGAUGAGUACAGGUGAUCCACAAUAUGCAGGCUAUGUUUGCGGUGCAAAGAAGCCAAGUACGGAAUAUGGAUCCCAAAAGUCUGGUGGCAUUCCUACUUUGAGCGCUGCUGCUGAGUCAUUGACCGCUGGAAGUUACCAGCUGGAAGAGAAGUGGUACAAGAGCCCUGAGGAAGUCAACGAGGGAUCAAGCCAUACAGCAUCAAAUAUAUACUCUCUGGGCGUUUUCCUUUUUGAGUUACUUGGUCGCUUCGACUGUGGAAAGGCUCGGAAUGCAGCAAUGAUGGAUCUUUGUCAUAGGAUUCUUCCCCCCAGUUUCUUGUCUGAAAAUCCAAAAGAAGCUGGAUUCUGCUUGUUGCUACUAUAUCCUGAUCCUUCUUCACGCCCAAGUUGCAGGGAGAUCCUAGAGUCGGAAUUACUUAGUGGGCUUAAGGAGGUUUGCCCGGAAGAAUUGUCAUCUUCUAUAGAGCAAGAUGAUGCAGAGUCAGAAUUACUUCUGCACUUUUUGAUCACCUCAAAAGAGCAUAAGCAGAAAUGCGCCUCUAAGUUGAUAGAAAAUAUAACUUGCUUGGAAGCAGAUAUUGAAGAGAUUGGGAGAAGGCGCCAUGCAAUUGGCCUGGCUGACUCCUUUGAUUCAAAGGAGAAUAAGCUUUAUCUUACGGAGCUUUCUACCCCAGAUGUCAUUCCUCAUCUUUCUCCUGUCACAAAUCCGGUUGAGUCUAGGUGGAUGGGGAACGUGUGUCAGCUUGAAUCUGCUUAUUUCUCCAUGAAAUCAAGAAUGCAGCUCCCUGAGACUGAUGCUGCGAGGCGUGCUGAUAAUGAUUUGUUAAAAAAUCGUGAGAAUUGGGGUCCUCCCAAUAACAAUGAAGAACAGAAGGAUGGCUCUGAUCGGCUGGGUGCUUUCUUUGAUGGCUUAUCCAAGUAUGCUCGAUAUAAUAAGUUUGCGGUACGCGGUAUACUAAGAAAUGGAGAGUUCAACUCCUCAGCAAAUGUGAUUUGCUCCCUAAGUUUUGACCGGGAUGAGGACUACUUUGCUGCUGCUGGGAUAUCAAAGAAAAUAAAGAUAUUUGAGUUUGAUGCGCUCUUUAAUCACUCCGUCGAUAUCCAUUAUCCAGUGAUUGAGAUGUCGAAUAGGUCAAAGCUAAGCUGCACUUGCUGGAAUAAUUAUAUCCGUAACUACCUUGCAUCCACUGAUUAUGAUGGCAUAGUAAAGUUAUGGGAUGCAAGUACUGGUCAAGGGUUUUCUGAGUUCAGUGAGCAUGAAAAGAGGGCCUGGUCUGUUGACUUUUCGCCUGUAUACCCUACAAAGUUAGCAAGUGGAAGUGACGAUUGUUCAGUGAAACUUUGGAGCAUCAAUGAGAGAAAUUGUUUGGGGACAAUAAGGAGCAUAGCAAAUGUCUGCUGUGUUCAGUUCUCUCCUCAUUCCACUCAUUUGCUGGCAUUUGGGUCUGCUGACUAUAGAACUUACUGUUAUGAUCUUCGGAAUGCGAGAACUCCCUGGUGUGUAUUGGCUGGGCAUGAGAAAGCUGUAAGCUAUGUGAAGUUUUUGGACUCUGAAACCGUUGUAACUGCAUCCACUGACAACACCUUGAAGCUUUGGGAUUUGAACAAAACCAGUUCUAGUGGUCCGUCAAAUAACGCCUGCAGCUUAACAUUUAGUGGGCAUACCAACGAGAAGGUACAAUUGCAAGGCUACAUAGCAUUCCACUAUCUUUCUCUGGACUUGAUGUUCUUCCUUUUUUUCAUCGGGUUCACUUCUCAUUUCAUGACGUGCCAGAAUUUCGUGGGUUUGUCCGUUGCAAAUGGUUACAUAACAUGUGGUUCCGAAACAAAUGAGGUUUUCACAUAUUACAGGUCUCUGCCUAUGCCGAUCACUUCCUGCAAGUUUGGUUCAAUUGAUCCUAUUUCUGGGAAGGAAACUGAUGAUGACAAUGGGCAGUUUGUUUCCAGCGUCUGUUGGAGAGGGAAAUCGGACAUGGUUGUAGCUGCCAAUUCAAGUGGCUGCAUAAAAGUCUUGCAGAUGGUUUAGGGUGUAGGGAGACCUGUGAAAAGGACAGCAGCACUUCAUGUACCUGCUUUAUGCUUGUGAGUCUCCAAAGUUGUGAAAAAGAUGGCGGCACUUCAUGUACUCUGCCUUGAGAAUCUCAGGUCAUCUUGUCUGAGAACUGAAGGACACAAUCUAGUGCAUGCGGUGUCGUGCAGCUAUGAGUUCCUAAUUGUACCGUGUUUGCAGAGACCAGUUCACACACAAGGACAUUGCCAGAGUAAGCUGAAAAACACAACAAAUUUGUCAAUGGGGAUGGUUUUCCCAUUGGAGCUUACGGAGUCAAUUGUCCAAAAGAGGUGAGCUAUCUCAAAAGGCCAUAUAGUUAAAAGUGGGUACGUGGUGGACUUGAAGUUCGAGAUGGAAGUAAUGCUGCUGUUGCUUAAAACUUCUGUGGGGGGAUCACAUGCCUGGCUCAGAUGGCAGGCAUUUUAGGAUUUCGGACAUGCACAUUUGUUGCCAGGAUGAAGAUUCAUAGUGUUGUCCGACAGGUGUCAAAAGUUUUUCAUUGAGCUGUAUGUAAAUUUUACUGUCAGAAAGAUGAACCUUACCCGAUGUAAAUCUCGUAUAGCUUGCUCUAUAGAAUUAUUUGUUUUAGA